AAGUAACAAGCGUAAAAAUGUAUACGAACAUCCUACUGGCAGGAUAAAAAAUAACACCGGUGAUCUGGAGUUUUUUCCCCUGGAGUGAUCUUCAAGGCGACGAUGGUGUCAAAAAAAGGGAAAACGCAGAUUUUCAUGGAGAUCCAUUGAAAGUAAAAUAACUCAUGGAGAAGGGAGCAAGUCGGGAGUCAUGAGCGCAGCUGUGAAGAAGCCUCCAUUAGCUCCCAAGCCUAAACUCCCUGUUAACACCACCAAAGCCUCUCCCCCACCGAUCGCUCCAAAACCAGGACUUCACUCCCAGUCUAUCAUCAUCUCCCAGUCUUUUCCUGGUACUCUGAACAGAAUCAAACCAGCUGUUGCCCCCAAACCAUGCAUCCCCAAAUCUGUAGUCUGUUCUCGUCCUGCUUCACCACCUAAACCCAGUGGAGUCUUUAUCCAUUCUCAGAAACACAAGGAGGGUUUAGAUGACAAUCACAUACUUCUUAUUUCCAAAAAUGGGAUUUUAUCUGAAACUAGCAACCAUGAAUUGGAAUACAUCAUUCCCAGCUGCUCCUGCAGGCUCCAGGACUGUUCCCAGUGUGAGCAUUUGGAAAAUGGAAAUGCAGCUGGGACUGAGAGCGAGUUGCACAAAAACCAGUUGCAGAAUGGAAUUUCUCCUGAAGGAUAUGAUUUUAGAGGGACACAACCACAGGAAAAAGCAGAAAUCCAGGAAGAUGGAGCAUCUUUAGAGAAGGACAAUGGUGAGGAGAUAAGUAAAAAUUUCAAUCCCAAGCCCAGAAACAAACCUCAAAGACAGAGACACUUGGUAACCAAAGAAGCACAUAGACCCGAUGAGCAGACAGAGUGCAGUUUGGGACAAUCUUUUGCUUUUGGUGAACUCGAAGUUGGAGAAAAUCAUCUGCAAAUUGAGGCCCAUAAUACGGAGUUAAAGGACAACAACUGUAAAUCUGUUUGGGAUGUUGUAGGAAGCAACAUUGUCUCUCCAAAUCCGACUGUUCUUGAUUUACCAUUUACACUUCCAUCCCCAGAGUUGUUGAAGGAAGAAAGUGAACGCAGCAUAGCCAGUCCUGCCAGGUUAUUCCCUGAUCUGAAGGUCCCUGCUCCUCCAAGUAAGCCUCUUCCAGUCCCUCACCCACGUAAACUUAAGAAGCCAACUCUUGUGAGGCAGAAUGGCGUGGAGGGCGGUGCCUUUGAUCUCAUACCAGAGGAGCAAAAGAAGAGGCUUGAGACAAGGGAUGAGGAGGAGAAACUGAGUGUAGCUGGUCUGUCACUCAGUUUGGACAGUGAUGAACUCAAAGAUGGUGGAAGUACAAGGCCUCUAUCCCAACAAGACAUCUGUACAGUAGAGCCCAACACACCUGUUCCCCCUCUUCGGCAGACAUCCCUGUCUUCCCAUCUCUAUAGGACAAUCCCUGUGCCCCCUUUACUUGGCAGAGACACCUCCCACUCCUUAGACCUCCUCUCCCAAUCUGACCCACUGCACCAUGAUGGCAAAAAAGAAGGCAAGGUGCACCAAGUGAGAGAGGAUGAAGAAGACGGGUACGGUGACUUUGAGCUUUACCCGAUUACCCACAGCCUCCCCAAACAGCUCAGACUCGGUUGCCAUCCAUCCUUGUCCAACACAAAGAAGGCCUUUUCUGCUGAGGAUCAGCAAUCACCAAUGACACCACCUAGAAAGCCUCAGAGACACAGUUUACCAGCUCCCCCUCCCCCCUCCAUUAUCCCUCCUGCACCUCCACAUGGUAACAUACCAAUGAGGGCGCUACCUGCACCACCCACAGAGAAAACAACUUGGCGCUUUUCCCGGCCCUCCGUGACAUUCUUCAGUCGCCAGAUGCCCACCAGGAGCAGUGUCCCCCCAAAAAGUCGAGCACCAGUGUUGGGGGGCAAGCAAAGGGCACAAUCCUUCUCCGCAGCCGACCUUGCCACCAGAUCUGAUACGCAAAAGAGGGGUCUGUCUUUUCGGAAGCUUCUGGAGCUCAGGCUGCCUGUCAAGAUGCUGCCAAAAUUGUUAACCAAAGGAGCGCAGUCUCUGGACUGUACCAGUGUGGAGUCCAACCGGAGAGAUAGAAGAAUGGAGCGACCCAAAAGCUGCAUAGGAGAGUCUGAGUAUACUGGAGAAGGAGAGGGAUCAGUGGAGUAUGAGAACGUUCCACUCUAUGAGGAGAUUCCAGAAUACAUGAACCUGCCAUUUCAUAGUGCGAGGCUGGGGUGGCCACAUGAUCUGGAUUCUCCUGAUUCAGAUGUUUAUGAGGUGCAGGAUCCCUAUCACAAAUGUCAUGACCUUGAGUAUGAAAGCAGCUGGUUGCGGCAGGAUGUCCACUCUGAGGAAGAGGAGGAGAUCCACAGUUCAGAUGAAGAAGACAACAGCUCCACAUCCAGCAAGGAGCACCUGGACGAGGCAGAUCGACAGCAGGAGGAUGAGAUGAAGAGGAAGAAGGUGGUGCACAUUGCCCAGGAGAUUAUGAGCUCUGAAAAAGUGUUUGUGGAUGUCCUGAAGCUUCUACACAUAGAUUUCCGGGAUGCUGUUGCCAAGGCAACUCGCCAGAAUGGGAAGCCAGUGGUGGAGGAGCGUGUCCUCAGUCAGAUCCUGUAUUACCUGCCUCAGCUGUACCAGCUGAACAGAGACCUGCUGAGAGAGCUGGAGGACAGAGUGGCUCACUGGAGCGAUCACCAAAGGCUGUCAGACAUCUUUGUCCAGAAGGGGCCGUACUUGAAGAUGUACUCCACCUACAUCCGCCAAUUUGACAACAACGUGGCUUUGUUAGAUGAACAGUGCAGGAAAAACACAGCCUUCGCCAGUGUUGUUCGAGAAUUUGAGGUGAGUCCGAGAUGUGCCAGCCUGGCACUGAAGCACUACCUGCUCAAACCGGUCCAGAGGAUCCCUCAGUACCAGCUGCUGCUCACAGAUUAUCUGAAGAACCUGCUGGAGGACUCUGAGGAUUAUAAAGACACACAAGCUGCCCUCAGCAUCGUGAAGGAAGUUGCCAACCAUGCCAAUGAUAUUAUGAAGCAAGGGGAUAACUUUCAGAAGCUGAUGCAAAUUCAGUACAGUCUCAAUGGUCAUCAUGAGAUUGUUCAGCCAGGCAGGGUGUUUCUGAAGGAAGGAACUCUGAUGAAGCUGUCGAGGAAAGUCAUGCAGCCACGGAUGUUCUUCCUGUUUAAUGAUGCACUCAUGUACACCACUCCGGUCCAGUCUGGCCAGUAUAAACUCAACUGCAUCCUCUCUCUGGCUGGGAUGAAGGUGAGUAAGCCGAGCCAGGAGGCCUAUCAGAACGAGCUGAACAUUGAAAGCGUUGAACGAUCUUUUAUCCUGUCUGCCAGCUCGGCGACAGAGAGAGAUGAGUGGCUGGAGGCCAUCACCAAGGCCAUAGAUGACUACACGAAGAAGAAAAUAACCUUCAUAUCCAGCCGCAGUCAGGAGGAGGCUGAUGGUCUCUGUGACAGUGGGGCCCUGUUAGGUUCCAAGGCUCCAAUCUGGAUCCCAGACCUGCGUGCCACCAUGUGCAUGAUCUGCACCUGUGAGUUCACCCUCACAUGGAGGAGACAUCACUGUCGCGCGUGUGGAAAGGUGGUGUGUCAGGCCUGUUCCGCCAAUAAGUACUACCUGGAGUACUUGAAGAACCAGCCAGCACGCGUGUGUGAUCACUGCUUCACCAAGCUGCAGGAGAAUAGUGACCGCUGUGCCUCGGCCUCACUUUCUCCCAUCAAAUCUGGAGCGUUCCCCUUCACCAGGAAACACAAGAAGAUUCCUGCCGCUCUGAAAGAGGUGUCUGCAAACACAGAGAACUCCUCCAUGAGCGGCUACUUAAACAGGUCGAAGGGCAACAAGAAGCCGUGGAAGCGGCUGUGGUUUGUCAUUAAGAAUAAAGUCCUGUACACCUACGCAGCCAGCGAGGACGUGGCAGCGUUGGAGAGUCAGCCCUUGCUGGGAUUUUUCCUCAGAGAGGAGAAGAAUGGGCCGGCUCAGAAGCUCCAGUUCAAGUUGUACCACAAAAACACUCUGUUUUACAUCUUCAGAGCUGACGACAUCCCCACUGCACAGAGAUGGAUUGAAGCUUUCCAAGAGGCGAUGAUUCUUGAACAGGAAUGAACUUUUGUGGAAGUGAAGUCAUAUCACAGACAACCUUUGACCCCUGAACUCCAGUAGAGGGUCAGCAGCUCAGGAAGGACUCAGCUGAACCCACUGUGGAAUGCCACAGACUGUGUUUCUGCUACAUCACUUCAGGCUGUGGCUCAGCGUCUCUGGCUGAGAUCAGAGCUGAUACAGGUCAAAGGUCAAGUCCAGAAGCAUGUGCAUGGAAGUGUUACAGAAUGGUUGUCAGGACCAAUCAAAGCUGCCGGGAUGCCCUGGAGGUCCAAAGUCUGGCAGCAGCUUUUAAAGACAAUCAAAUGAAGGAAUCGGUUUGGUUUGAACUCGGAAGACAAAACGAUCAGCGACUGCAGAGAUGGUCAUUCCCCAAAAAUACAGCAGUGGUUCAGUUAACGAUAUUUCUACUCAAGAAUCAGGGUUCCCAAAAAACAUCAUGGGUUUAAGAUGACCUUUGACCCAUUAUGUGCCUGUGUGCUGAUGAUCAGGAGUCUCCAACGUGGCUCCUGGACAGCACCUGUCCUGCACGUUUGUCUACCUGCUCUACUCACAGGUUGCUGGGUUGGUUUUUUUUUGGGGGGGGGGGGGACAUUGGACAGAGUCCUUGAUCACCAGAAGAGAGUUGUUUAAGUGUUUUAGCUGUGCUCAGUUGUUCAAAAAGAUCUCAUUUAAAGGUGUCCAGAAAUUCAGAAACAGAUCAUAGUCUCAAAGCAACAGUUUUUAUUUUGCCGGCAAAAAGAAGCAAAAUUCAUAGUCCUCAAUAACACUGGAACAGCUUCCAUUUGUGCUGGUUUGCCUUCAUGUUAAAUACUGUGAAGAGGCCGAUUCCUCCACCCCAAAGGGAUGUCUUUUCUACAUACAGCAAUAAAAACACCUGUAGAUUAAAUUAUUUUCUGGGAAUUACUCAGGUCUGCAGAGUUCAGCUCAGGGUCCUGUCCUGUCCGGGUCCUGGACAUUCUUCACUCAGGGUUUUGCAAGUGCACGGCUUCUUUGUUUCUCUUCCUGCUUCGGCCCUCUGUCAGAGCUUUAUUUGAUUCUGUUCUUUUUAAAAAGCCAAAAUCAUCAUUUUUCACUGGUAUGUUUGAUUUACAUUUUCCUUUAAAAAAAAAAAUUUAAGUUCUUUACUUAAAUUUUCACCCCAAAUUUCAAUUUCUUGUCUCAUAGCAUUUUUAAAAACAGCAUACAUUUACACAACAUAUGUUUUUGCAUACAGCAUUUGAAUAUAUCAGGCAUGUUUUUCUAAAUGCUGUAAACUACUCUGUGCUGAAAAGAGCAUAUACCUAUCUGUUAAAUGUUAUCAGUAGCACGCAACAUAAUCAUGUCCUGGCAUCUACAUGUCAUCAUAAUAUGUAUGUUGUUAGCACAUCGCUUGUUUUUGGUAAAAAUGACACCACAGGGGGCUUACUGUCGGUGUUUCUCAGCUCUUCAUUUGGUGAACACACCUGCCUGAAUUCAUUAGCUGUGGGUGGAGCAAAGAAAUUAGAAAAGAAGCAGGACUGCUGCUGUCCAGGAGUCGGGCUGGAGAUCCCUGCGUGACGUGCUUGAUCUGGAUCAUCAUAUCCAGAAAAGCAGUCAGUGUUUAGUGGACACCGCCCCCCCAAACACACACACAUUUCUACAGUCUGAGUCUGGAUCCAACAGACGGUGCAGCACAACAAGCCAGCAAAGACUGUAAAACCAACAUAGACUGAGUUUUGACCUCAUCCCAGAUCAGACUGACCCCUUCUGACACCCCAUUGUGUCAUUUUUCACAUAAUUUGGAGCCAACAGCGGCAGGUGUCACAGUCAGAAUGGUCCCCCCUAAAAAUCAGUCUGCCUGCCUUCACUGCUCAUUGGUCAUUUCAGACCACAGCAGCACGUCUGAGUCAGAGUCUCUUCACCCA